GGCACUGGGCAUGUCGAGGCAAAUGUCUCACGGGCACAUUCUGGCUAACUUCACCUAACUUGGAUCUGAUGGACGUCUGAAGGCCUUAAGUUACUUAAUAAUUCGAGUUUUUAAUCAACAUCCUCAACAUGCUAGCAUGCUAGUCAUUGAGUGAAGCUACAUUGUGGGCAUUUUCCUGCAUCACAUCACAUCACUUCCUGCCUGCCUGCCUGCCUGCCUGCCUGCCUGCCUACCAGCAACCAACAGCUGAUCUCCAUCUCAGUUAUGACAACGAUAGGAUAAAUAAUUUUAACGAAUUAAAAACAAUUACUGACGCGUGUGUUUUGUUGAUGAUGUUUUAGUCCAAUAUUAAAGGAUGGGAACUGUGUCUUUGUAACUCAUUCACUGGCUUAAACUGGGUCUAUAAAUAGUGGAUUGUAUAAAAGUUGCCACUACUUUAUUAAAUAGGUAAAACACCUCCAACUUUAUCCAGUAACGGCACUCGUUUAUCUUUAUUUGCGUUUUUAAGUUCUUGGAUCCUGCUGUUCAGAAGCCAGGUCGAGAAAAACGUCAUCAUCAGGCGACCAAUGUGUUUCCACUGUCCCAGCAAGCUGCUGUUGAACUAGCCUCUUCUAUUGACACUGUCGGUAGGUGAAGUCCUUUAUUGUGCAGGUAACUGCUGCUGUUUGUGAGCCCAGAUGACGGCCUCCACUCGCAGGACGGUGCUGUCACUGUACACGCGGGUGUUUCGCAUCGCCCGGACCUGGCAGACACAGAGUGGAGUUACAAGUGACACAGAGACUGAGAGGAAAUACAUACUCCAGGAGGCCCGCACUCUGUUUAGACAAAACCAGCAGCUCACAGAUCAAGAAUCAAUAAAGAGGUGUAUUGAAGAAUGCGAAGCAAGGAUAGAAAUAGGUCUACAUUACAGGAACCCAUAUCCAAGGGCUACGUACCUACCACCACUGGGACUGGCAACUCAGAAAGGCAGGAAGCUGCGAGCACAGCAGCGUCUGAGGAAGCAGGCCAAGCCUAUAUACUUACAGUCACAUGACGAGACCUGAUGCUCGAUAUCCUCGCUCCUUGAGUUCAAGUUACCAGGGACAGGAAACUAGAGUGCAAUUGCAAGGUAAUCUCGCGGGCUGAGCUGCUGCAAGCACUCAGUGAUGCAACACUCAUCAUUCAGGAAAAUGCCAUUUUAUACUGUAAACUGCGUAAGCAUGAGUUCUAACUGUAGCUGGCCAGCGUCAGAUUCAGUGUGAAGAGACCUGUAAUAUAAGAUCAAGUUGUACAUUUUAUUUAUUUUUCUGCAUAAAAACUGUUGUAAUAAAUACUUCACAUUCUCUAUAUCAAAUAGAAUCAUAUAGAGGUAAAAGUUGGCGUUUAAUUUGUGUUUAAAUAUGUUCAUUUCAACAAUAUUAUUGGCAAGUAACCAAGCUGCGAAGAAACAAAUAAAGUUGUCUUCAAAUCUUA